AGACCCUUAAUUGUCAGAACCCUGCUACUAGAGCCUGGAUGUGGCUCUGAGUUUCAGGGUCACUGACAUUGAUAAGACACCUGCGUCCCAGGACUCGGAGGAGAAACGGCUGAUGGACUUGGCGGGGAAUUUGCGCGGGGUUUUACUGAGCGGGAAGAGACUGUUCAAAUGAGGGGGAGGGUAUAUAAAGGAGGGUUGGCCGGAGCCUCCCAUUCUUGGCUUUUCUGAUGUUCAUGUUUCCUACAGUAAAAGUUCCUGGUGAUACCACAGAGAGUCUCGUGUGUUCAUUCAGGAGCGGCUGUGGUGAGCUGACACUAAGCCAAGAAUACGGACACCAUCCCGCUGUAGCGGUGAGGUGUAACAUGCAAGUGGAGGAUGAAGAGCUCUUGGGCGCCGGAGGAGGAAGGUCGGAAAGGGCCACUCCCGAGACGGACGCUGAGUUCCACCAGCUGGCGGCCCUGGCGUCAUCCACCGCUUAUGCCCAGCCAAAUGGGGUAACCCAGAGGCGCGGAGUGGUGCGGGGAGAUAGCACCGGAGGAGAGGAAGGUUCACCUUCCCCAGGCCCGCAAAAGAUGGUGUUUCUGGAGGAGAGGAUGUCGGCGAUGGAGACCACCCUGGCAGUGAUGUCGAGGGCGAUGGAGCGCCUGGCGGUUUUGGCGGAGCCGGAGCGAGGAAGGGAACUCCGGGCUAGCUCAAUGUGGGACGUGAGCAUGGGAAGCAGCCAGGGCUUUGCAGACCUCCCAGCACCGAAGGGAAGGGAAAUGCGAAAGGAGCCCGGUGCCCGGCCCAAGAUCCAAACGAGCCUGACGCGGGUGGAGGAGAGUGACGACGAAGGGGAAAAGCCUCCGAGAAUCCCGGCUACGCUCCCAACUGAGACCCUGGUGCCCCUGGCGAAUGCCGGGCGUGGCACAGGACAAAGGGAAGCAGCAGCGGGGCCCACUGGCCCGCAAGGGGGCUUGCGACGGGCGGAGAAUUGGGGAUUGCCACCACAGGGACCCCUACCGAGACGAGAGGAACUAAGGAUCGAGUUUGGGGGAGAGUCCUCUGAACUGGAUUUUUUCCUGACCACGGUGAGGGGCUAUAUGGAGGACAAUGCCCACACUUUUAGAACGGAAUCCAGCCGGGUACGGGCCAUUGGUGCAGUGUUGAAGAGGGGAGCGGCCAGCUGGUACGUUCAACUACACGCGCGGCGCGACCCAUGUCUGGGGUCACUCCGACGCUUUAUGGGGGCCCUGGAGACCCGUUUCCGAGAUCCACUGGAGCAGAUCCGGGCGAGGGAGGAGUUGAAGACCGUCUCCCAGGGGCAGAGGUCGGUAUCUGAGUAUGCGGAGGAGUUCCAAUGCCUCGCUGAAAAGGUGCCGGAAUGGUCUGCAGUGACAAAGAUAGAACUCUUCAAAGAGGGGCUCAGGCGGGAGAUCCUCUCCUGGGCGGUGCAUCGUGAUGAGCCUGACACACUGCGCGGAUGGAUUCAGCUGGCGGGGCGCAUCGAGACAUCGCUGGCCCAGGCGAGGAGGCACCGAGGAGGGCUACAGCAGCGGCCGCAGAUGAAAGAGGGGAGCCGGAAGGAGGGAUCAACCCCAGCCGGGAGGAGAACGGAGCCGACAGGGAACGUGAGCACCAGCAGGAGGGGCUGCUUCGUGUGCGGCCGUUUGGGCCACAGGGCUGCCGAGUGCUGGCAGAGAAAAGGGGAAGGCGGAGGCCCGCCCAAACCAAGAGCCGUGGCAGGGAAACGCGCCGAGGAAGAACCACCGAUGAGGCACCACUCGGGGGGGUUGGACGAAGGGGAGGAGGACGCCAUGUCAGAACCCUGCUACUAGAGCCUGGAUGUGGCUCUGAGUUUCAGGGUCACUGACAUUGAUAAGACACCUGCGUCCCAGGACUCGGAGGAGAAACGGCUGAUGGACUUGGCGGGGAAUUUGCGCGGGGUUUUACUGAGCGGGAAGAGACUGUUCAAAUGAGGGGGAGGGUAUAUAAAGGAGGGUUGGCCGGAGCCUCCCAUUCUUGGCUUUUCUGAUGUUCAUGUUUCCUACAGUAAAAGUUCCUGGUGAUA